CGAAGAGGGCGCAUUGUGGGUUGGGUGAUCACGGCCUGAUGGGGUCGUGGCGCAAGGCCUACGGCGCCCUCAAGGACUCCACCACGGUUGGCCUCGCCAAGGUCAACAGCGAAUUCAAGGAAUUGGAUAUUGCAAUUGUGAAGGCAACCAACCAUGUCGAAUGCCCUCCCAAGGAACGGCACGUUAGAAAAAUAUUGCUGGCAACCUCAGCAAAUCGCCCUCGCGCAGACGUCUCGUACUGCAUGUAUGCAUUGUCAAGGAGAUUGUCCAAGACAAAGAACUGGAUAGUUGCCCUCAAGACAUUGAUAGUGGUACAUAGGCUUCUGAGAGAGGGUGAUCCCACAUUCAAGGAAGAAUUCCUGGCCUACUCAAGCAGGGGGAACAUUUUGUAUAUAGCCAAUUUCAAGGAUGACUCGAGCCAAUCAGCUUGGGAUUGUUCCGCAUGGGUUCGCACCUAUGCAUUCUUCCUGGAGGAACGGCUCGAGUGCUUUAGGGUUCUCAAAUACGACAUCGAAACUGAGCGUCUCGUGAGAUAUCCCCAGACUUCUAGCAAGGCACAUAGUAAAACCAGGAACCUACCUAGCCCAGAACUUUUGGAGCAGUUGCCUGCACUGCAGCAGCUGCUUUUCAGGGUUGUAGGCGUCCAGCCUGAAGGUGCUGCCUGCUCAAAUUACCUUAUUCAGUAUGCACUAGCCCUGGUUCUGAAGGAGAGCUUUAAGAUCUACUGUUCGAUUAAUGAUGGCAUCAUCAAUCUCGUUGAUAUGUUCUUCGAUAUGCCAAAGUAUGAAGCAAUCAACGCUCUGGCAAUUUACAAACGAGCUGGCCUGCAGGCAGAAAACCUUGCCGAGUUCUAUGACUUCUGCAAACAACUUGAGCUUGCCAGGACAUUCCAGUUUCCUACUCUCAGGCAGCCACCUGCAUCGUUUCUUGCAACAAUGGAAGAGUACAUCAGAGAAGCACCCCGACCCUCAAUCAAGAGUGAGCAGGAGAGCGAGGAGCCGAAGCUACUGACCUAUGACCAAGAAGCUCCAGAGGAACCCGAAAAUCCAGUGGAAGAGGAGAAAGAAGAACCUGAGCAAGAACCAGAACCUCAGCCUGUGCCUGAUCCAGAACCCCACCCACAGCAAACAACUGGAGAUCUACUAAACCUGGAUGCAGAGGUGAAUCCUUCAGUUGCAGAACUCGAAGAAAGCAAUGCAUUGGCGCUUGCUAUUAUAGCACCAGGUGACUGCAAGGCGUCAGUAUCUCAAAGUAUGUUUGAUGUCAACUCGUCUGGGUGGGAGCUGGCACUGGUCACUGCUCCAAGCACCCAUACAAGUCAAGCAGUUCAGACCAACUUGGCUGGAGGCUUUGACAAGCUGUUACUUGACAGCCUCUACGAAGACGGGGCAAGGAGGCAGCAGAUCGCCAGUGUGACCUACACAGGUAGCCUAGGAGCAGCCAACCCUUUCAGCGUCAAUGGCAACGAUCCGUUCGCCAUGUCCAGCAGCUUCGCACCACCGGCUAAUGUGCAGUUGGCACUGAUGACUCAAAACCAACAGCAGUACUACCAGGCGCAGCAGUAUUUCCAGCCACAGCAGCAGUAUUUUCAGCAGCAUCAACAGACGUCGGCAAUGCCAACACAAAACAUGUACCACCACCAGUAUCAGUACUCUGUGCCUCCAUCUGGAGCUCCAAACCCGUUUGGUGAUCCUUUCAGUGACCUUGCCCCAAUGGGUGCUCCUGGAAAACAGAGCAACUCAGUUUUUCUCUGAACUGGUUGUCACUUCUGAUCAUUCAAUUGAGUAGAGCAGCAAACCUGUACAGCACGAGUUUCUUGGCUGAGUGGAGGUGUUGUAUAUUAACUUUCUUUUGCAAUAUCCAAAUCUUGAAAUAUAACAUGAAUUAGUACCAGUUCUAUGCUGAA